AUGAGCUGGCCCCCUUCUCUUCAAAUGCAGACUUGUGGGCCCUGGGAGAUGAAAGAACGCCUUGGAACUGGGGGAUUUGGGAACGUCAUCCGAUGGCACAAUGAGGAAACAGGAGAGCAGAUCGCCAUCAAACAAUGUCGGCAGGAGCUGAGUCUUCGGAAUCGAGAGAGAUGGUGUCUAGAAAUACAAAUCAUGAGAAGACUUAACCAUCCCAAUGUUGUCGCUGCCCGGGAUGUCCCUGAAGGGAUGCAGAAGCUGGCGCCCAAUGACCUUCCUCUGCUGGCUAUGGAAUAUUGUCAGGGCGGAGACCUCCGAAAGUACCUGAACCAGUUUGAGAACUGCUGUGGCCUCCGGGAAGAAGCCAUCCUCACUCUACUUUCUGACAUUGCCUCGGCACUCAGAUACCUUCAUGAAAAUCGGAUCAUCCAUCGGGACCUGAAGCCUGAAAACAUCGUCCUACAACAAGGAGAAAAAAGGUUAAUACACAAGAUCAUUGACCUAGGAUAUGCUAAAGAACUGGAUCAAGGCAGUCUUUGUACUUCUUUUGUGGGGACACUGCAAUACCUGUACAAACUCAAAAGAGACAUCCCCAGAUCCCAAAAAUACUUGGUAUUUGAUAGUAAAGACAUUAAGUUAUUUCUGUCUCAAGCAGGUCAAAGUAUACUAGCCCAGCGAUUAGAAAAGUGGCUGCAGCUGAUGUUAAUGUGGCAGCCCCGUCAGAGGGGCACAGACCCUACGUAUGGCCCAAAUGGCUGUUUCAAAGCCCUGGAUGACAUCUUGAACCUAAAGCUGGUUCACAUCUUGAAUAUGGUAACAGGCACCGUGCACACCUACCCCAUCAUGGAGAAAGAAAGCUUGCAAAGCUUGAAGGCCAGGAUCCAGGCCGACACGGGCAUCCCAGAAGAGGACCAGGAGCUGCUCCAGGAGGCUGGCCUGGCAUUGUUCUCCGACAAACCAGCCACGCAGUGUAUUGUAGAUAGCAAGCUAAACGAUGACCGAAUAUUGGACAUGGACCUCAUUUUUCUCUUUGACAAUAGAAAAAUCACCUAUGAGACUCAGAUCUCCCCGAGGCCCCCACCAGAAAGUGUCAGCUGUAUCCUUCAAGAGCCCAAGCGGAAUCUCCCUUUUUUCCAGCUGAGGAAAGUGUGGGGUCAGGUGUGGCACACGAUCCGGACCCUGAAAGAAGAUUGCAGCCAGCUGCAGCAAGGCCAGAGAGCAGCUAUGAUGAAUCUCCUUCGCAAUAAUAGCAGCCUCUCCAAAAUGAAGAAUUUAAUGGCAUCCAUGUCUCAGCAGCUCAAGGCUAAACUGGAUUUCUUUAAAACCAGCAUCCAGAUUGACCUGGAGAAAUAUAGUGAACAGACCGAGUUUGGCAUCACAUCGGAUAAACUGCUGCUGGCCUGGCGGGAGAUGGAGCAGGCUGUGGAGCUCUGCGGGCGGGAAUCAGAUGUGAAACUUCUGGUAGAACAAAUGAUGGCACUACAGACAGACAUUGUAGACCUACAGAGGAGCCCAAUGAGUCGGAAACAAGGAGGAACCUUGGAUGAUCUAGAAGAACAAGCAAGAGAGCUUUACCGGCGACUAAGAGAAAAACCAAGAGACCAGCGAACUGAUGGUGACAGUCAAGAAAUGGUUCGACUACUUCUACAGGCCAUCCAGAGCUUUGAGAAGAAAGUACGAGCCAUUUAUAUGCAGCUCAGGUAUAAAUAACCUUGUGCUACUGUGGACAGAACAAAGGGUGGAAUGACCAGGAAGCAGGGGCAAGGGCAAGGGAGCAUGAGGUGAUUUUCUUCUUGCUUUGAGGAAAGCAACCAAUGUAGCCCAUUAGAGUACUUCAGCUUACUGAAACUGACAAG